CUAAAAGCCCUCAACAAGAAAAGAUCAAGGGUUUUGGAACAACUACAUUUCACAUACAUCAUAGUCUUGUAGGAUAUUCACGUGAUUGGAGUGACUCGGCCCCCUUAGGGUCUGGUCGUUGCCGGAAGAAGAUGUCAACGCUAAGCACAAAAAUGACGAGGACGACGAUGGCUAUCAUCAUGUUUCAGUCGAGUAAUGUACUCCAGUGCUUGACAAGAAGCAGCCUUGAGACAUCUCUCUCCGAGGAAACGAGUAAGAAAGGAAGUAGGACUUGCUGGCUUACCGAGGCGGGCCCCUGGGGUGGAGGUGUCGGUGUGGGUCGUACGCCGCGAGAGGGUGCAGAAGAAAAAGGUCACGGAAAUCAAGCAGGGGAGACGGCAAAAUCUCUUCAUGGGGACGAGACCAGAGCGGAACGAGACGAAACCGUUGUUGUGCCGGGUGUCUCGUUUCUAUCUGAGACAGCUUGGGAGUUUGAGCGUUGUUGGAAGCACAAACUGGAUCACGAGUGGAAUUACUUCCACAUGUUUGAGCGCAACCUUCUGCGGAUCUUCUCAGCGAUACAGCACGGGCAACAGGAGCAUGAGGUGAACAAAGUUGCUACAGCGAUGCUGCAGCAGCAGCAGCAGCAGCAUGGGAACAAUACCGAAGAAACUUGGGGAAGCCCGCUGCUCGGGAUCAGACAAGCUACGAUGAAAGCCAGAACAAAUGCCCCCAGGGUGAUUAUCUUGGACGGUGCUCAAAAUGUCAACAUUUUGAAGGGGUGGCUGAACGUUUUGUUUUCCGAAGAUGCUGCUCUUCCUUUCGCGGGGAUGCCAAUGCGAUAUUUCAUCACCAGGAAGUCGAAGUCGAACGCGGGUAGGGCGGCGUGUUGCAGUCAAGUGGAGAGUUCCAGUACUCUGCCGGGAUCGUGGCGAGAGGUGGCACCGCACCUCCGGGAAUUCAUGUAUCGCAAAGCCGCACUUUUCUCGUUAGCAAGUAGUAAAGAGGUUGCACUAUUAACAACACAUCAAGAGCCGGCGGUUCGGUAUGACCACUUGAGACGCAAUGACGAUGAAGAGCACGAUAAGAACACAGCAAUAAGCCACAAACCCGAACGCCGCGAAAUCGACGAGGCAAUCGAAAGCGAGCAACAAGCAAAAAUAGAGCUCACGAAAACAUUUGUCGACCAAAACGAAAAUGUUCGCAGCAUAUCUACACAGGACCUCCACGAAAACGACCAGAAGAGGGGCCGAGGAGCGGGACCUGCUGGUAGAAGUGGCAUGGAAAAGACGGGCCAGUUCUGCUUCUUCAAUCGAAAUGCCACUGCAAUGGGCCACCGUGGGCGGUCGUUUACGAACCUGAACGAGCUUGUCGGCUUCGUCAGGGCCGCGACGUCUCUCGAGCCUGUUCUUCUGGAAUUCGAAGCGAUGGCUCCCCUGGAGCAGGUGAGGGCAGUCUCCAAGUGUGAUGUCGCGAUCUUAUGAGUCUUGGAAACUCAUCUUACGGGGCAUCCCACCUGACGUGUUUUCUAUCGAGGAACCUGGCCAAGGAUGGCGCCAAGGAUGCGUUUCCGACAACUCUAAUGACAGGCAUCCACGGCGCUGGUUUGACCAACUUUCUCUGGUUACACCCUGGGGCACUCGCGAUCCAGAUUUGCCCCUUCCAGUCCAGCAGUGCUUUUCAGCGAACGUACCAAGAAGUUGCGGAAGCGGCAGCCCUGCAGUACCGGGAAUGGGCUCCUUCGAGUUAUAAGCAGGUCCGGAUCCACUGGGAACAGAUGCAGGAUUCCAAGACGGUGCUCGCCGCUGUUUGCAAAUGUGGAGUGCGCGAGCUGCUGGCGCAUGGGACUAAGGGUGCUUGUGGUGACGAUUUUUUGAAUUGGGCGUUUUACGUAAACCAAGACAUUCAGCUGCCAGUCGCAGACCUUCAACAACUUCUUCCAGAGAAAAUGAAACUUGUUCCCGCGGCCCACACAGUAGUUCAAAAAGAAACUGAAAUAUCAAGGACAAGUUCGAACAAGAACUCGUUUAAGUCUCAAGCCCAGUACCAGAAUAACUUCUAUGAGAAGAAUACUAGUUCUAGUGCAAGUUCAUCAAGGCAAGAAGAGAAAAAACUACUACGUGUGGAGCUAGAUGCAACAGGAGGAACUAGUGUUGAUCAGGUGGGGCAGCUACUUCAGAACGAGUCAUCUGCACGACAAACGGCGGCCCAAACCACGGACAGAAUCCAGGAGAAACUUUUUUUUCAGAGACUGAGCCAGCAGCUAGCAGCGUACGCCACGAAGAUUCGGAAGGUUAUCGAACGAUUUCGUCGCCUGGGCCCCGAAGAAGCGGAAAAGCUUUGUGCUGCUGCCGAUCGUUAGAUUACCAGUAGUAAGAGAUAUGAAGCACUAGUAGUAGGAGAAUGAAUCAGGUUUAGACCAGGACUUUUCUCGCUGGACCACGUAAGUUUUUUUUGAAAAAUGCAGCCAGGUGCAAGGCCUGGCGCACGACCAUACACUCCGGCCAUCACGUGACUGUAGGCCUUCGGUGUCGUCGAGAGGCAGCCGCCAAGGGUGCCGGGCUCACCGUCCAUGGGGGCCAACCUCCGCCGCGGAGGUCUGAGCCAGGCAAGGGGUGCCCGAAAGCGGCACUUUUUGGCCAAAAAUAUACGGGGUCACUUUGGGCGCAUUUUGCACGCCUUUCGUGAAAAAAUGCCGCCGGGUCAUUUUGGCAGGGCCGAAACGGCCCCACCUAGUGGAGGCUAGGGGGUGCCUUAAGGCGACCCUUUUUGGCUCAAAAAGGCCGCCAAAUGACCCGGGUCGUUUGGGGUGUCAAAGUGGGCCCUUUUUGUCCCCCCUUUUUGUCCCCCUUUUUGACACCCCUCCAAGCAACGCACCUCCAAUCCGAGCCUCCCAAGGGUUGGGACUCCCCUGGCGGCGCUUUUAGAGUACACAUUUCGCGAUCCUUGGGAGGGGAGUCCCGCUCCGAGGGUUCACUGCCAAGCUAUCGGGAUGGCCCCAGCGGUCCCGAAGGGGUUUGGCCUUGUUAGGCUAGCAAAAUUAAGAAAGAACAUUAACGUGGUGCAACGAGAAAAGUCUCGAGGUGCUUCUGGUGAAUUCGAAAUGCGGCAGGGCUUAUGCUGAUGGUACAACACAAGAUGAGCUGUGAAAAGAAAAUGGAACAAUAGGAGUGAGGGACGAGGAAGGGAGAAGGUGUUUGCUUUAUUCAGGUUUCUUGUCCAGCUUCAGUUGAGUGAAAACAUAAAAAGUCUAAGAGACAUACCUAGUAGGAACAGUCUCGAAGUACAGCAUUUGGGGAAAAAAAGCAACGUAUAGUAGCUUUCUAAAAACAGCAUUUAAUUUUAAGACGGAUUACAGAAAUUACUGGAAAGUGUAUGUAAAGUCUAUCCAUGGUGGGACCCACACGAACAGCUACCCUCCUCGGACUCCUCUCAAUUGUUACUUCUGUGGUUCUGCAAUAAGCAAAAGAGGAUGGCGA